CCAGGAGAAGGCAGAAAUAACUGGUUAGUUAACCUUUGGUCGGGUGGAGCCUUAUAAUUCAAAUGUAGAUAAAGGGCUUGAUUUAUCUUCUAAUGAGUACUUGUUCAUGUUAAGGUAAGCGGAAGAACAAAACAGAAUUAAACCCUCGCGAGGUUUGGGAUCUAAAGGCAGGCCUUUGCCGGUUGCCAUGGAAACGUGUCCCUGUAAGCUAAACCCGUUGUUCCUCAACUGCUGUUGACACUUUUAAGUUACGUGUGUCCUCAUGCUUCUCGGUGUAUCGCUAGGAACGCUUUAGACUGAUGUAACAGAUAAGCGCCUAGACAAAUUACAUUUUUACUUGGGUGCAUGCCCACGUUAAAUUACUGUUUUCCACCGGUGAGGCUGCGUCACGUAAAAUGUUCAGGAAUAAUUAUCAGUGAGGACUGGUUGUUUGUUGCAGGGUGGAGCUGUGGUUGAGAUCUUCAGUGGGCAAGGAAAAGACCCUGCGGCUAAAUGGAAACUCUGUGGAGGGCCGUCAGCCAUAUAUAAAGUGAGGAGUAUAAUAAAGAAGUCAAAGGAUGUGUUUACUGUCUGGAGGGAAGCAGCCAGACAGUCAAGAUGCAAAUGCCAGAUAAUGGCAAAAUGUCUCUUGGACUUCUUCAAAGAUUUUUGGUCCUUCAAGUUAAUGUUCCUCACUGCCAUGACUUUUCUGCUGAGCUUGUGAUAACUGAUUCAGAGCACCUAAAAAGAAGACUCCACUUAUCAACAGUGCAUAAAGAGGUGUCGGCCACACUUUUGCAUGCAAAGAUACCUUUUGUUGGACUGAAACGCAAUACUUGGUCAACUUUAUGCGUCGACCUUGUAUCACUGAGCAGUGAGCUGUUCAAGGGAUUUUUGACGCUGGAUGGCAUCACGUUGUUUGCUACCUGCAAAGUCCGGAGAAUCUUCACUAUAAAAGCGGAUCCAGCAGGAAUGCCAGAUGACGACAUGUUUCUCAGUGGAGCUGAUCUCAUGGACUUGAUCCCACGCAGUUGCCAGUACCCAGCAGAUGUGAACCAAGUCAUUCAGGUGUUCAACAGGGAAAAUGUGCGAAAGGCAGAUUUGAGGACUGGUCUUUUUAACUCUGAGUGUGUUCCUGCCACUGCCAGAUCAACCAGUUAUCGGAGAACCAGGCCCCAGGGCAUUUUACACAUAGCCUCGGGCUCUCGCGCUUCUGGACAACCUCCCCUAACUAGAAGAAAAAGCAAGGGAUCCAGUAGAAUGAACCAAAAGGUUACUACAGAAAGUCAGAGCAUUACAAACCAGAGUGAGAAUUUAUCACAUGGAGAACCUUCCCACAUUCUCAAUGAGGCUUUUCUAAUGUUGAAAGUACAUUAUGUAGGAGCAUCUGGCAGUUUACAGCCACAUCCCCCUAUAAAAAGAACAGUUGACAAGAAGGGAUCGAAGAAGCUAAGAGUCCCCAGUGCUGGAAGAGAAAAGCAAGCAUCAUCAAAUGAGCGUCGCACUCCUGCGAAGGAAAGUUCAGCACUCACCGUCACAGACUCUCGACGGUGCUCUGUGCAGCAAGGUUUGCCUUCUGACCUGAAGGUCUGGAGCAGCUGGGAGAGUAAUGAGGGGUCUGAGCCUCAGCUCACUCUGCAAGAGGAGGUGUUCACUUUCUCAUCCCAGCCUCACUCACCCAAACGAGGACAAGGCCAGGGUGACCAGGAGAAGAUGGAGAUGGGAGAUGGUCAGGUUCAGAGCAAGAUUGGGAGGCGGUAUGAUGUCCAGCCCGAAGAUGACUUUCUUGGCAGUGAAAGUGAUGAGGAUAACUACUGCACCAUGUACCAACAUCAAAAAACGAGUGUGCUCAAUCUUACAUCUCCUAGAACUCUUGAUCCAACUUUGAGCGGUCAACUUGAAGGUCACGCUGGAUCUCCUAAUGUGAACCUAACACCGCCACUUAACACCGGUAUGCAGCCUCAUUCCAGUGGAAGAGCUGAACAUGGGCUUUUGCCCACACGGUGCUUCUCACCUAACGGACAGGAACAGAAGCGAAGUGUGUUUGAGAAAGUGAACCGGGUUCUUGAUGUGGACAGCAGCAUAUCAGUUUGCAGGAGACUCCUGCAAGAGGUCAAAUUGGAUGAUUCAAAACAGCACAAGGAGGAAGACAAAGAUGAGACACUGAAGCCUGUUGAUUCCAGUCAUUGCGACUUAGACCCGUUCAGCAUUCUACAUACACAAGAUGAUGAGGAGCUCCGAAUGCUGGCAAGCCUAAGAAGAGAGCAGGAGGAAGAUGAAUGUAAAGCCUCAGGCCUCAGCUCAUCUCAGAUCCACCGGUGUAAUAUCAGCAUAAGCAGUGAUGACACCUCUACGUGGACCCACAUCUCUCUGCCGACUAAUCAGGGACACCACUAUCAGACAGAAAUGAACCCUUUCCUGCAAUCAAACCCCAGGGAAUGGAUGGACGUGCUCAGCCCUCCUAUUAUGCCUCCCAGCCUGCAGAGAAGGUCAGGCAACACAUGGAACAAUGGGGGAAGUGUAGUCAGAGGAGGAGAUGAGUCAGUGAAUGAAGAGGAGAGCGAGGAUGAAUAUUUGAAUCUGCUCUAUGAUCCUUGCCUGAACUGCUAUUUUGAACCAAAGACAGGAAAGUACUAUGAACUGGCAUGAGUUGAAGUCAAUUAGAGUCAAAAAUAAUAAAAUCAAAUUGACAGUGAAUGAAUGACUUCAGGAUUUAUCAGCUGAGCUUAUUGAUCAGUAGUGAAUUCCCAAUUCAGAAAAAUUGCUUCUGUCUAUCCCUUUGUUUUUGGAAGCUAACAGGAGCUUUGUGUCACCAUAUGCAGUGUCUUGUUAGUCUGUAAGGGAUUGGAAAAGUAAUACAGAUACUUGCUUUUUGAAAGUUCUUGCUUAUUCAUCUGCACAUGUGAUACUAAUAAGAGUCUUUUCAGGAGUCUUGGCUGGCAAAUUCUUAUCAAGCCUCCUGAAAGAACAUCCUGGAGCUUCUUUUUUACGAAAAUCUCUCAUAUUUCAGUUUUACAUGUUACAGUACUGAUAAUUUAUGCUCCUUUUUAGAGUCAUUAUAUGUCAGAAAGUCAUAAA